UUUCGACCUGCGUACGAGUCUUCACCAAACGCCAUGUCUUCCACCACCCCCGAUAUGUCUCCCGGCGCUCUUGUCGACAGCGACGGCAACUACUGUCUACAGCAGGACGACAUGUACAAUCUCCUGAAGUACCUGUGGUCGGGCGCGCUACUGCCUCUGACCCCCGCCGACUACCAGACGCGCCUGGACAUCUCUGACAGCGCUAUGACCCAGUAUGCUACUGUCAUCGACAACUUGGUUGAUGAGUAUAAGACGGUUUCCGCCCAUUGCAACACGUUCAAGAACACGACGUAUCCGGCUAUAGUGAACAUCGCCGCAGACGUAUACAGCUAUGCCCAGAACGCUGGGGGCACUGUCGAUGACUCGCUGUACGCCAGCAUCUUUCAAUUGAUCAGGAGCUUCGCAAAUACCAGCAAUACUACGGACGACAAGAACAAGAUCACGCAGCAAGUCGACGAUCUCAUCAACGUCCAAGUUCAGGCGAUUGCUGGUAUCUUGACGAAGGCCGAGACGGCAGUCACAGACCUACAGAACUUCGAGACGCAGUGUAUGCAGGACCAGUCGGACCUGCAGGCGCGGCAGAAGGCCGUUGAAGACGCGAUUACUGCUGAAACCGGCAGCCUGGCUGACUUGAAGGCGAGACUCCAAAGCGACCGUCAGACCCUCGCGGCCGAUCAGGCAGCGUACGAGCAUGACAAGAUCGUUGCGUGUACCACCCUCACGUACGCCUGGGUUCCCUUCUGGGGCAUCAUCGCGGCCUCUGUCGUUGCUGGCAUCUUUGGCCACGCCGCCGCUGAGCUUGCCGACGACAUCGACACCCUCAAGUCGGACAUCAGCACCGAGAGCGCGGAGGUGACGGACGAUACCCGUGUCAUCGCUGACCUCACGGCCGUCGAUACAGAUCUGACGAGCUUCCUUGCUGCGAUUCAGCCCGCCAUCACCACCAUCCAGAAGAUGCAUGGUAUCUGGUCUUCCAUCAGCGGAGACCUCACCAGCCUCCAGAACAUGAUACACUCGAGUGUCAGCACGGCGGAGGCGGCCAUCGCUGGCAUCAUCGACCAGAAGGUGGUAGAUAAGUGGAAUGACCUCGCGAAUAGCGUGCAGAAAUACCAGCAGGCCGCUUUCCUGACUCAGGCGCAACAGACGACGAUCGACCAGCUUUCUGAUCAGCUGCACCAGCAGGCCCAGCAGACCGCGGCUAUCUAGUCAACGGCCCCCGCGAGCGAAGAUCACAAACAAGCGAUCGACAUAUCUGCUGAAGCCCGUUCAGACUUAUUGCGUACAGGAUCGACUCGAGUAUUUUGUUGCGUUCACAGAGAAUCAUCACGAAUAUAAGCUGCCGGAAUAUAACAUGUUGCUUUCGAACGAAA